UGACGCAUGCGCACUUUGAAACCAAACGUCAGUGUGACACAUGACGUUUUUGUUAUUGUUCUCAAUUUUUUAUAAUAAUACCAAUUAAUUCAAAGAUAUUUGUGUUCGUUGUGCGCGUUUUUAUCAUUGUUACGUGUGUGGCAUUUUUGGCGUUUAUGUGAAGGUGUCAACGUAAAUCGGAAAAAAUAAAACAUGCCAAUUCUUUAUAGUGUAAUAUCUCGGGGAAGCACCGUUCUAGUUCGAUAUGCCUCUUGCGCCGGGAAUUUCGCUGAAGUUACUGAACAGAUCAUCGGAAAAAUACCACCACAUGAUGAUAAGUUGACGUACUCGCACGGGAACUAUUUGUUCCACUAUGUUUGUGAAAACCAAGUUAUUUACAUGUGUAUUACUGACGAUGAGUUUGAGAGGUCACGGGCGUUUUUAUUUCUCAAUGAAAUUAAAAGGCGUUUCAGGUCCCAAUAUGGGGACUCUAUCCAGACUGCGAUUGCAUAUGCGAUGAAUUCUGAAUUUUCCAGGGUUCUAGCCAACGAAAUGAAACAUUAUUCCGAAUCCCAUGAUGUGGAUACAAUUUCAAGAGUUCAUGGAGAGUUGGAUGAACUUAAAAAUAUUAUGGUCAAGAAUAUAGAUAAUGUGGCGAUGAGGGGAGAAAGGCUGGAACUGUUAGUAAAUAAAGCUGAAAAUUUGAAUAGUGGGUCUGUGACGUUCAGGAAGACAAGUCGCAAUCUGGCACGUUCCAUGUUUUGGAAAAACGUUAAGCUUUAUGUUAUCAUUGGUGUGAUUAUUACUGUGAUUGUUUAUUUUAUUGUUUGCAUGGCUUGCGGAGGGCUUCUCUGGCAGGGCUGUAUUGCUAAGAAAUAAAAAUUUUAAGAUA